ACUGACUGACUCCCUGCCUGACUACCUGAUUGACUGACUGAGCGCCAUCGAAAAUGCCUGUUGGAUUGGACGCUGGUACCCACGAGAACCCAGGCCGAUUGCAAGGGAAAACAAUCCGUGUGAGCAGUUUAACUCGCUUUAACUUUGCGCACAGAUUCUCACCACGGUCUGCGUGUUAGUUAAAGAACCGACUUCAAAGAUUCCUUCUUACUACUACCGAGGGCGAAGAUGUUAGAGAAAUUACUGUGUGUAAUAAGCGUCGGCUACGUUUUCUGCCCAUGGGGUGUGCGAGGCUGUCCCGAACCAUGCGUUUGUCAGGACAAAUACUUCAAUCAGUUCGCGGAUUGCGCUUACAAGAACUUCCAGGCCGUUCCGGUCGGUUUGCCUUCCAACGUGACCACCCUCAGCCUUUCCGCUAACAAAAUCAAGUCCUUGCUGCGCGCCGACUUCGCCGAGGUCACUCAGGUGACAUCCCUCUGGUUGGCCCACAAUGAGAUCAGGAAGAUCGAGAAGGGGAGCCUGACCGUCCUGUUACAGCUCAAGAACCUUGACAUCAGCCACAACCAGAUAGUGGAUUUCCCCUGGGAGGAUCUGUACAACCUGACUGCUUUGCAGUUGCUAAAGAUGAACAACAAUUACAUGGUGCACCUUUCCAGGGAUGCCUUCUCCACCCUCAAAGAAUUGCGUUCGCUGCGCAUCAACAGCAACAAGUUCCACACCAUUUGGGAGGGCACCUUUGACUCCUUAAGCUCGCUGUCCCAUCUGCAAAUCUACAGUAACCCCUUCUCUUGCACCUGCAACCUCCAGUGGUUGAAGGGUUGGAUCGACCAAGCCCUGAUUUCCAUCCCAGAGCAAAAGGACAUUGUGUGCUCGGCUCCCGAGGAGUUCAAGGGGACCCCGGUGGUGGAGCUACCGGACAUGCAAUGUAUAGCUCCCCUCGUGCAUCUGACUUACCAAGCGAGCAACGAGAAGGGCGAACUGUACGAAGGCUACGCCUUGACCAUGCACUGCAACGCCACGGGGAGCCCGGUGCCCGUGAUCAGAUGGAAAAUCCAGACCGCCAACAAGGAGAUUGAACUCAACGACGCCAACGUGGAGCCGGAGAGAAAUGAGUUACUGCUGGAAAACCGCAAGGAAGUUCGCGAUCGUUUCGUGGUGUUGAAAAACGGUACUCUCGUUAUCCCUCACCUGACCAAGUACGAGGAAGGAGCGUACACCUGCCUGGCCACCAACGAGAUUGGGAGUAACCGCUCUACUCUGAACGUAGCGGUGACCGCUUCCCCCAAACGCGAGCCCACCUACAUCCAGGAGCGCAUCCCAAGCCAACCGGGCGAGCGCAAACCCGGGCUAAAGCUGCCUAAGAACAACGCCAUUAGCUGGGCCAAACCGGGACAGAAGGGUCAGCGGAUCAGCCCAGCAACGGCUCGGAGCUUCCCGGGUCAAGGAACCGAACGCAACGCCGUCUUCUUGCCUCCCGUGGCCAAGAACUGUAGCAAGAGCCAGGGCAGUCACUACAUCACCAACCACGCCUUCAACCGGAGCUCGGAGAUGAAGCAACACACCUUCGACUACGGGAUCAUCGCCUUGGAAGUGACGGAGACCGACGCUAAGGUCCAGUUGACCCCAUUCCAAACGGCCCCGGACAAAAUCAGCCUGGAAAUGCUCUACCUGUGCGCCGAGCAGGGGGGGAAAGCGGCCACGGUUGUCCAAUGGUCCAUGAUCGAAAGUGGGGUGAAUUCUUACCGAUUCCAGGGCUUGAACCCAGGCUCCAAUUAUACGCUUUGCCUGACCUACACCGGGCAAGACUGCCAAGUGCAAGUGGUCUUCAGCACCAGAAGGAAGAUCCCAUCUCUGCUCAUCAUGAUCAUAGUCAGCUCCUUCCUCCUGGGCCUGGCCACCAUCCCGCUGGUGGCAGCCACUUGCUGCCAUUUGAUGUACAAAUACCGAGGCAAAACCUACAAACUCAUCAUGAAAACCCAACCGCCCGAAAGCCUGCACCAGAACGCGCCCUGUACCUUCGACCCAAGCGCGUCCUUCCAGGGGUCGGAGAAGAUCUACAACCCCAGCGAGGUCGGGGAGGAGAGUGUGGUGGCAGAGUCUGUCCCCGUGUCCCAGACGAAAGCCAACCCUGAAGAAUUCGAGGCUUGCUCGGAGUACAGCGAUCGGUUACCUCUGGGGGCAGAAGCUGUCAACAUCUCCCCGGAAAUCAACGGCAACUAUAGGCAACCGGUGCGUUGAUCAGUCACUACCAAACAGUCAAAUACGCACACACACACACACACAUACACACACACACACACACUGAGACAUCCCACACAAACAAGCAGUGAAUUAUAGUAUACAACCCCGUGGAUUGAUUCCCAAUCGCUGCCACGCUUUUCCAGAUCCCAGGAAUGUUGCUGGUGAUUGACAGCAGCGCCUGGAUCGGAGGGUUUAACGUGGAAUAUGCGAUGCCACCACCGACUGUGUGGUGCUGGAGAGGGAGAGAGAGAACAUCCAGCUCACCUGCUCUGCAAAAGACAGCCUUUUUGAGUCGUGCUAAAAUAGCGCUCUGGAAUAUUUGUUACAACGUUUUGAAAUCUAUUGCUGCUUUUGGGACUCAAUUUAUAAAAUUGUUUAUUACUUUUUAGACAAUCGUGUCUUUUGGCAUGUCCACCGGUCAAAAAUACCCCCCCCCCCCCCAUUCCCAACCCCUUUUAAAAUGUGUGCAUAUUCCGGAUAUUAAUAUAGUGAAGAGUUGUAGCCAUGCGGUGUAUGUAUCCGUCAAUGUUUAUAUACGGUAAGGUUCCUGCAAAUAUUUUACAUUACGAAUGGUGCGGAACAGACAGACGUUCGCCGUGUUGAGAUACUCAAUGUGUUGUUGCAUCGGUCGGUUUAUGUAAAGUUCUUGUUUAAGUCCCGUUACGAGGUGCAUUUUGUGUAAGGAAACAUCAAACCAUUGUCGUGCUACCAAUAACAGUCAACUUGUGGGUUUCUAGCGCUCGUUUCUGGUCCGACUGACUUCAUUCCAUCCCCAAACCUGGCAACAACAACCGGGCUUUUUUGAUACUCGUUUAUGUACGUGUUCAGUCAAUUAAAAGGAAAGUA